UUAUUCGCUGAUGAUGUCAUCCAAUUGGGUCUGCAUUUGAAAAGUAAAUAGUUUCGGUUUCCAUUCCUGAACCUAUGGGUGGAGAAGUUAACAGCUUAUAUCCGUGUCAGAGCAGUGUCUCCGAUCUGUUUUCACACUGUGAUAUACACAGAGAUUGACCACGAUGAGUUCAACACAAGACAUCAUUUUAAAAACCAAACUUAUUCAGCUGGAAUGCCAUUUUACCUGGGCUCUGAAUGAAAAUGAUACAGAUCUCACCGAUCUUCUGAACAGGCUCGAAGAACAGCUUGACCUGGAUCUUGGAAGGGAGGAAGGAGCUGCGCGCACACACAGCAGUAUGGGAUUUGUGAAGUUUCUACUAGGCUCCAAUACUGAGGCUCUCAGCAACUUAGAAAGAUCUGUAGAGCUCACCAAGUCUCGUGGAAAUGACUGUGACAAGCUGCUUGUUGUUGCCUAUGGAGACCUUGCAUGGUUAUACCAUCGUAUGGGUAAUUUUGCAGAAUGUGAAAGCUACCUGAAUAAACUGAGGGAAAUUAAAGAGAAAUAUCCAUCUGUCCCAUAUGCCGAGGUGCUUGGAGAAAAAGGAUGGACCUUCCUCAAGUUUUCUUGGAAAUAUAAUGAAAGGGCUAAAGAGUGCUUCAGGAAGGCCCUGGAGCUGGACCCAGAGGAGGGUGAAUGGAAUGCCGGCCUUGCCAUUGCUCUGUAUCGGGCAGAGGAUAUGCUGGAAGAUCCAGUGGUAAUUGAUCAACUUAGACGGGCCAUAGCCACUAACCCAGAUGAUGAUGUUCUUAAAGUUCUGCUUGGUUUAAGAUUGGUUGCUCACAAGAAGUAUAGCGAGGCAGAGAGCCUAGUGGAGCAAGCCUUAGAGAGGUCUCCAGAACACCCCCAUGUGAUGCGAUAUGUUGGGAAGUAUUUCCGGAUUGAAGGAUCUGUGGACAGGUCUAUUGCCCUUCUAAAGAGAGCAUUAGAGAAAGUGUCCAAUGCAGGCUUUAUACACCAUCAGCUGGGGCUCUGCUAUAAGAAAAAGAUCCUGAAUCUGAUGCAAGCAGGAAGCCACCACACAAAAGGUGCUGAAAUUAAGCGAAUUCGAGAGCAGUGUAUCUACCAUUUGGAGAUGGCAACUGAACUGAAGACUAGCUUCAUCAUUGCUAUGAAUGAACUGGCCUUCCAGUAUGGGGCGAAUCAGAAUAUGUCAAGAGCAGAAGAAAUGUUCCAGAAUACAUUUAAGGCAGCUAGAGAAAAAAAAGAUAACUACCAGUCUGUUCAUUACUAUUAUGCAAACUUCCAGCAGUACUGUAUGAAAUGUGAGCCUGCUGCCAUCAAACACUACACUGAAUGUUUGAAGAUAAAUCCAAAUACAUAUCAUGGGAGUAAAAGUGCUAAAAGUCUGCAAAAGAUUGCAGAGAGAAGAAUUGAGAACAACCCAAGGGAUGGAGAGGCCUUUGGAAUACUUGGAAUCAUUCAUAAGGAAAAAGGAGAAAAACAACAAGCCAUAGAGUGCUUUGAGCAAGCGCUGAGCUUUGUAGACAAAGAGGAUUACCUCACAGAUCUUUGUGAACUUAGGCUUUCAUUGGAGUAAUAUUAUCAAUAUACAAGAUGAUACCCAGACAAUGAUUUAGAAAUAUUCAUGAAAUUUAAUGCCAACCAAUGUAGUAUCUUAUAAUAAUAUAUGUACUGUGAAUUUAAGAUAAUUUGUUCAUUAUUAUAUUUGAUCAUAAUUAUAUGUAGUAAUGGAAUAUGAUGGCUGCUUUACUCACUAUUAAUGUUUUACUACUAAUGUCUGUCCUGCAUUUCAAUUCUGAAAACCACUUUCUUGUAACUGUAAUUAAAGCACUUUCAACAAUUUUAAUAUGAUCUUUUCUGU